AUGUCACUGCACAGACUCUUCCCACUGCAGACAGAGCUGAGUGCAGCCUGCCCUCUAGUGUCCACUACAUCACUGCACAGACUCUUCCCACUGCAGACAGAGCGAGAGUGCAGCCUGCCCUCUAGUGUCCACUACAUGUCACUGCACAGACUCUUCCCACUGCAGACAGAGCUGAGUGCAGCCUGCCCUCUAGUGUCCACUACAUGUCACUGCAGACUCUUCCCACUGCAGACAGAGCUGAGUGCAGCCUGCCCUCUAGUGUCCACUACAUGUCACUGCACAGACUCUUCCCACUGCAGACAGAGCUGA